AUGGAUACCCACACGCAAGCAGUCUCCUGGUACGACGCCAUAAUGACUUACUCGUUACUAUCAUCCGACUAUCCCACCAUUGUUAGAUACAUCUCCGCCGCCUUCAUUGCUCUGGGCUUCAUAUUCUUCAUCCCCAUCAUUAUUCUCGUCGCUGUGGACUUCGGCAUCUACAUUUACAGAAUAUGCUGGAGCCGCCCAUGGAACCAGAACAGGAACCAGCCAGCGCACUUGCGUGAGCUAGGGCACCACCACGAGGAGCAACUGCACAAGCUCCCGCUAGACGUGGUAGACGGGUCGUCGACAGUGACCUCGACAGUGACCUCGACCGUAGCAGCCGCUGCAAGGAAACGGAUACAGCGUCUGAGCGAGUCCGAUGGCGGGAGCGAUGCAUCAUCCGCGUAG